AUGCCCAACUACUGGGGGAAGGCGAACAGGAAGAACAACCCAGAGGACUGGCAGCUGCUGGCCAACCUGGCCAAAGGGCUGGCCGGAGGCGGCCUUGUUCCCAGGUCCCGGUUCAUUUUUGACGCUCUGGAUCUUCCCUCAGUCAUAAACGAGAUGGCCCUUGAGACCCUGCUCGGCAACAUGGACCGCUGCACCAAAAACUACUACCUCUGGUACAACCCCAAGGCCCAGACCUGGACCAGGAUUCCUUGGGACCUCGAAGCCUCCAUGGGGCAGGACAACGGCCUGGGGGGCGCCCCAGGCAACCUGUACUGCCUGCUGGCCUGCGAGCAGUGGAGCAGCCCGCUGUACUGCGACAGCGAGCACCCUCAGGACCUGGAGGUAAGAACCCCUUGGGGCGCCACCACGGUAGUGGGCCUGAACUCUUACUUCGGGCCCGGCAGGGGCGCAGCGGGCGGCAGCACGGCCCAGACAGGCCGGCGUCUGCUGCAGGGCGGGGCAGCUGGCGGGAAGCUCCUGGCGGAGGGCAACCAGCAGCUAUCUUUCCCCGCGCCUCGCGGCUGGGAUGACCCCGACCGGGUCACCUUUGGCACCCCCAGCCCCAACGGCGCCCCAGGGUCAUACAACCACCUCACAGACGCGGUGCUUGACGUCAACGCCACGCGUGCCAUGUACCUCCGCCGACUCAGGACCUUGGCUGACAAAUUCUAUGGCCCCGAGCCCGAUAAGGGCCGCCUGCGGCAGAUCAUCGACGAGACGUGGGCGCGCAUCAAGGACGCCGCGGCGCGCGACAACGCAAAGUGGGCGCGCGGUGAUGGGACACGAGGGGCCAAGCAGCUUUUGCAGACGUACGCCCCUGGGGGUCAGCGCCCGCUGCUGCCCGGGCCCCAGGACAGCUCCAAGGCAAAGAUCUCUGUGACCAAGGUCGAAACCUCGGGGCCCGCCGGCGAGCACUACAUCCAGAUAGCAAACGGGUCACCGGACGAGGCCGUGGACGCAAGCGGAUGGACCCUGAGCUCUGGGGACGCCUCAUGGGCCCUGCCGCCAGGCACAAUCCUUCCUGGGGGCGCCAGCGCCUUCCUUACCUGGGACCCGCCCGCCUUCAAGGCCCGCAAGGCCAGCCCAAAGGGGGGCGAGGGGCUGCUGGUCGUCCAGGCGCCCGCGCAGAUGAUGGCGCUGGCCGGGCCGGGCCAGUGGAGCGUGAAGGAUGCGGCAGGGGCCGAGGUCAGCAAGGCGUCUCUUUGA